AGUUGCCGGAUUUCACCUGCGCAUGCGCACAACGCUGCCGGGACACGGCUGUACCAGGAAGAGUAGCUCGUUUAGCUGUUCCGUAUUCAGGUCCUAUGUAGACAACAGCUUCGAAAACGUAAAACAACAUUGCUGCAUUGUUGAAGAAUGAAUGGAGAGAAUUAGCGUUGGCGACCAGACCGGGCUCUGUCUUAAAGUCAGAAAAACAGCUAACUGGGUGCUUACGAGCUCGGAGGUGUUGUGUAGCCUUGUAGCCAGUUAGCUUCACUGCUUCUGCUGAAUACUUCUGUUUCCGUAUGGUGAGGUGGCACGCAUGUCAGUUUGCGUAAGGUCAUGGAGCCAGCUGUCACGUCUGCAUUUUGGUAAAUGAAUAUCCUAAUGAGAUUUGGACAUUGUAGUUAGUGGUCAUGGCUGGCUGGCUGUCCAGCUUCUCUACAGGCCACAUAGUCUGAGGGCAGAGGCGCAUUUCGGUGCUCUGAUGCUUUCUACGAUUCGACACGAAUUUCCCUUCUGUUUUUAGUUCAGGAGGCUACAGACACAAUGAGUUCCAAAUUCAGCUUAAUCAACUAUAACUCCCGAAAGCACAUCUCCAUCUCGAUCCCCUCCUCCACAGAGGCGAUGUCCCCGCACAUCAAAUCUAUAGAGGAACUCAGAGUGCUUGGGGUGAACCUGAGCAGUUUCAGCACUCCCACGCAGUUCUUCAUCUGCGUGACUGGAGUGUUUCUCUUUUACCUCAUCUAUGGCUACCUUCAGGAGUUGAUUUUCUCAAUAGAGGGUUUUAAACCUUUUGGCUGGUACCUUACCUUGGUCCAGUUUGGGUUUUAUUCCAUAUUUGGCCUGAUAGAGCUGCAGCUUACGCAGGACAAGAGGAGGAGGAUCCCAGGGAAGACAUAUAUGAUGAUAGCAUUUCUAACAGUGGGGACCAUGGGUCUCUCCAACACAUCACUGGGAUACUUGAAUUACCCAACGCAAGUGAUCUUCAAAUGCUGCAAACUCAUUCCAGUUAUGAUUGGAGGAGUUUUCAUACAAGGGAAACGGUACAAUUUAGCAGAUGUGAUCGCAGCUCUGUGCAUGAGUCUUGGCCUCGUCUGGUUUACGCUGGCUGACAGCAAAGUUGCCCCAAACUUCAAUGUGACAGGGGUUAUCCUUAUCUCCUUGGCACUUUGUGCUGAUGCUGCUAUUGGAAAUGUGCAAGAAAAAGCCAUGAAGCUGCACAAUGGAUCAAACUCAGAAAUGGUGUUGUAUUCCUAUUCUAUUGGGUUUGUGUACAUUCUGCUGGGACUUCUGAGCAUAGGAGGCCUUGGACCUGCUGUGGCCUUCUGUUCUCAGCAUCCAGUGACCACAUAUGGCUAUGCAUUCUUCUUUUCUUUGACGGGUUACUUUGGCAUCUCCUUUGUUCUGGCAUUGAUAAAGCUUUUUGGAGCGCUAGUUGCAGUCACAGUGACCACAGGAAGAAAGGCAAUGACGAUUGUAUUGUCUUUUUUGUUCUUCUCAAAGCCUUUCACUUUUCAGUAUGUGUGGGGAGGCCUUCUGGUGCUUCUUGGCAUCUUCCUCAAUGUCUACAGCAAAAACAAGGAGAAAAUGAAGCUUCCUUCACUGGAGGUGUUAUGGAAACGAGUGCUUCAUAGCAGGAAAAGUCGACUACUCUCUCAGACCGUGUAAAUUAUUGACCUUUGACCAACAUUUAUAGACUUCUCCACCCAGUAACAACAGUGUCAUGGGAUCACAUCACAUUUAAAAAGGACAUGAUGACACGAAGGCUGUGGAGAGUUUGGCCAGAAUUUAGACUGAUUUCUGUACUGACCAGAAAGGACUCACACUGCAGCAGCGGACUUGUUAUUAAUCAUGUGCAAACUGGGUUUUAAAGGGAAGGAAUACUUAUGAUCAUCUGUUUUUCACCUGCAUGUGCCACUAACUUAUGGCAUCUUCACAAACUUGUCAUUUUUUAUUUUUUUCCUUUUAAAUUGUUUUUUAGUCUAUGAUUGGGACAGUGGAAAUGCAAAUAACACUACUGUUUCUUUAAAAGGCUGAUGUUUUGAAGUGUAUGUCAGCUGCCAUAUUUGCUAUCCAUUUGUUUGGUGAAAGGGUAGCUCUUUUUACAUUAAAAACAAACAGAGAAGUUUA